GAGAAGAGUACGUCGCCCCGUGACACUUUCUGUGGUUACUGCUCCCGGUCAGGUCACCCAGAGUCUGAUUGUCGCCAGAAGAGUCUGAUUUGCCGAAGUGAUAUAUUAUGAAACCGUGAUCAAGUGAAGUCCACUCGUGCAAAAAUGUUUAGAAUUUUUCCACAGGACAUCGAUCUUGUUAUGUUCAGAUUUUUUUUCCCUUUUCCUCGCAUUUUUUUCUUUUUGAAAAUAAAUCAUGUCAAAACAAUAGUUCAGCUACCAAACAUGAGCUACUUGUAAUCUUGUACUCCCUCCGUAAAGAAAUAUAAGAGCGUUUGGAUCACUAAAGUAGUGAUCUAAACACUCUUAUAUUUCUUUACAGAGGGAGUAGCUAGCUAGGUGUGUGGACCAUUGAAGAGGUUUUAUCUUGUUGCAUGAACAGCUCACACUGAAUAUCUCCAUCUCGGCAGGGGCCACUCUAUACAUUUCAUCUCGUAAUAUAUGAUUAAUCAGGCACCUAAAUUGAUUAGUUUGUAUGUGGUUGCGCAGUCACAAACAGAAAUGGACCCAAUUUACACAUGGUCUCCAUAUCAGUCAUAUGCUUCUUAUACUUAUAGUUUUUUUUCUUCUUCUUUUUUGGUAAACCAUUGAAGAUAUGUGCCUGUGCAAUCACAACAGAAAUGGACCCAAUUUAUGCAUGGUCUCCAUAUCAGUCAUACGCCUAAGCAUGCUAUGAUAUGAUGUCCAAGCAUACCCAAAGACUACACUGCUAGUUCUGUCCAACAAGUGGCAAACUGAUGGCCCCAGACAAAUCAAAUCAAGAUCACAUUGCACUCUUGCAGUUAGCAUUGCAUGUUCUGUGCUCAUGGCCAUGUCCCUUGCCAACCUGUCAGGAUAGCUGCUGCACCUAAACUGACUUGUUCUCUUUUCUUUCUCCCUCACCCCUACCUAUAAAUCCAUCAGAUUAGCACCACCACAAGCCAAGGCGGCAUUACCACACCUAGCCAAGAAAGAAACACAAGGAGGAGGAAACACAGCCAUGGUCAGUGCCAAGAGACUUGCUCAGAUGGCAAAGAACUGGCAAAGGAUGGCGGCCAUGGGGAGGAAGAGGCUCACCCGGACCACGACAGCAGCGGCGAAAGGGUCCAUCAUAGAGAAUGAGUGCAGCACAGCGUUGUCGCCGUCGGUGGCGAUGAAGGGCCACUGUGUGGUGUACACGGCCGACAACAGUGCGCGGUUUGAGGUGCCGCUGGCAUACCCCAGCACGGCGUUCUUCAGCGAGCUCCUGACCAUGUCCCAGGAGGCGUUCGGCUUUGCAGGCGGCAAUGACGGGAGGAUUAUGCUGCCCUGCGAUGCCACGGUCCUGGAGUACGCCAUGUGCUUGCUCCGGAGAGAUGCCUCCGUGGAAGUCAUGAGAGUGUUCAUGAGCUCCGUCGCGAGGCCAUGCAGCAGCUUUGAAGGCGGCGCGGUGGCGCCAUGCGUAGGGCUUGGUCAUGAAGUAGCUGCUUGUUAGAUUCUGGAGAAUGGUCAGUCUGGCAUGCUUGUUCGCGCAGUCACACUAACUAUUUCAAGAGAGAGAACAUCACCUACCAGAGUGGUAUUGGUAUGGGGGCAAGUUCAAGCAGGGUAAAGCUUCUCAGAAGAAGAAAAAGUAGGGUAACUUUUUCCACAGAAAAGGUUUCUUUUGUUGUUGUAGAGUUAACGUUUGCAUGAAGGCCGGUGCUACAAAUCAACCGGCUGUUGUCGUGAAGAUUUAAACCGCCUCGCUGACCGUUUAAUCAGCCCCACCAACAGUCGGAUCCUUCCCCACCGCCAGUUUGCACGAUCUCCUCCCCGCAUCGCACAUCAGCCCUCCUUCUCUCCUUCGAUCUUGCAUCACCGGGAGCUGCCGACGAGGGCUGCACCUGAGCCCGGGGAGCGACCGGCGUUGCUUCAUGCAGCGACAACAUCGACGCCGCGGCGCUCCAUCGCAGCUCCCGACGCCGCCGGCGAUGCUCCAUUGAAGCACAAGCCGCUUCGAUGCUGCUUCAUCGCAAUCCCGGCGGCCACUAGUGAUGCUCCAUUGCAUCACGGGUGGCCCUCAGAUGAAGCUCCAUUGCAACACUGGACGACCUCGACGGAGCUUCAUCGCAACAUCGAUGGCCCCCAACAAAGCUCUAUCGGCGGCGACAGGUGCUGCGACCAUGGCCGAAGCUGCGGCGAAAGCUGUGAUGCAAUGCGGGAUGCUAAGAUGCAGAACCGACGGCCAUGACAGAUGUCGCGGUGCAGUUAUGCCGAUGACGGGUGCCGCGACGCAACACGGCGCCCACGGCGGAAGCUGUGGCGAGGACGACGGAAAGUUGCGAUGCUGCUGCAGUGUAGCGCCGUCGGCUAUGGCGGGGUGCGGCGAUGCAGCGUCGACGGGGACGGCUGCUGCGGCACGACAGCGGAUUGCAGCGGCGCUGGCGGCUGCUUCGUGGGCGGAGGGAAUGAAACGCAGGAGAGGGAGCAAGCGAGGAAGAGUGCGGCUAUGGAAGAGAUAAGGUGGGAAGAGAGCGAGCGGUAUGUGGGCCACAGAGGGACACGUGGUUGGAGCGCGAGGCGGUUUGCGCGAUGGAGAAAUCAACCGCUUGAUUUAGAACGUUUUCCUUGCAUGAAUGGUUACAACUUGUACAACAUCUCUCGUUCUGGGAAAGUUAGAACUUCCAAAUGGGAAAAAAAACUAAAGGAAAGUUUAUAUAAUGUCAUUAGCAGCUCACUGAUCCACCUAUAGUUAAUAAAUCUUGUAGGUAGCGGUAGGGUUUUGGUCUUCGUUCAGUAACGGCUGAUUAUCCAGCCAAGUAGCAAACAGAUCAUUAUUACUAUCCAAUAAAAAGGUACUCCCUCCGAUCAUAAAUAUAAGAUGUUAUAACCUUUUUCUGAUUUGGAUGUGUAUAUACACGUUUUAGUGUGUUCGUUCACUCAUUUCAGUCCGUUGUAGUCCAUAUUGAAUCCAAAACAUCUUAAUACUCCCUCCGUCUCGAAAUGUAAGACGCUUUUUGACACUAAAAAGGUCUUACAUUUUGAGACAGAGGGAGAGGGGGUAUUUGUGAACGGAGGGAGUACCAAA